CAAAGAAAUUCCAGUCCUGCUCCGGAGCUUGACUGAUUGAGUUGUGAUGUGUUUGUUGCCUGCAAGCACAUUAAACUCAGUUGCAUCUGAUUCUGCGUGUCUCCAGUGAUUUUUUACCUCUGAGUAUUUGAGUUUUUGAUUAUCUAAUAGAAACAACAAAGAAAGUUUGUUCGAGAAGAUGGGAACAAGGUCGCAAGCUUUCUGGCCCAGCUCCAGACCUUUAAAUUUAUGUUUCUACACCAUUCUCAAUGUUUUUCUACACCUUACAGUGCCAAGUGGUUGUGUGUCCUCCCAGCAGUGUCCUGCAGAUUGGAGUGAGAUUAACUCCAGAUGUUAUUUCCUCUCCACUGAGGAGAAGACUUGGGAGGAAAGCAGGAAAUACUGUCAGAGUAAAUAUGCUGACCUGGUGGUGAUCAACAGCGAACAGGAGCAGAGGGCCUUGUACCGUCUGGAUGGGAAUGCUGAUCUCUUGUUCUGGAUCGGACUGAAAGACACAGCUGGGACCAACAGAUGGAAAUGGGUGGAUGGAUCUGCACUGACCGAACCGUUUUGGCAGUCUGGACAGCCGGAUCAUGGUGGUCCCAACAAUGUAGAGGACUGUGUAGAGAUGUAUCACCGCAACCCAGUCCAGGCCAACUGGAAUGACGCCCCCUGUGGAGCCCAGCGGCGCUGGCUGUGUGAGAGGGACACAUAUCCACGACCGUGUGAAAUUGAGAAAGCGAGAGAGAGCUAGAGAGAGAGACAGAGAGGGCCAUCACAGCCUAAGAGACAACCAACAUAACAACAUAUAGUUCAACUCAUCACAGAUCACACUCUGCGUUUUUUAUACUCCUUCACUUAAUACAUAUCUUUCUCCUUUAAAAUGUAUCUCUUUGAUUUUGUAAUAAUACAAAUUGUUUCUGAAUUGUCACUGUCUUAGAUUGUAAAUGGACUUUGACAACACAUAUAAAAGGUCAUUACAAUAAAGGUUAUUGAAUGGAAUUUAACUGAGAGAGAGAGAGAGAGAGAGAGAGAGAGAGAGAGAGAGAGAGAGA